UAUGUUUAUGUCCAGCUUAAUUCAUGAAUUAAUCCUACUGUAUAACAUUGAACUUUUUAAUUGUAUAUUAUUGCAAGUAUUUAUCAACGUCACGCAUACUGCGGCGUACGAUAUGAGAUGGUCUGUUGUGAACUAUAAGUGUGCAUGAUGGAUCUACAUGGGGUUAAAUAAGAACAGGGAAACUGUAACUGAAGUGAAAGAAAACGUUCUUAAAUAAAGUACGUAUCUAGAAAAAAAAUUCUUGAAAGCAAAAUGACAUUCCAGUCCCAUUAUUCGGUGUCGUUGGAGCCGCCAUCAAUAAUUUUCACGAUUUGAAGCACACGUACCCUGAAGAUUAUGAAGUUCAGUCAUCCGGAAGCUGUCCCACUGUCUAUAGUACAGUGUAUGUAUACACACGUAAUAUCCGGGGGCAGCAUGGCUUCAAUAAAUGUUCAUCUGGUUACAGAUCGAUGUCUGUAACGUUGGGUUCUUGGUGAAGGAAAUAAUCUAUUCGGAAUGAAAAACAAAGCACGAAAUAGGAAACCAACUCGACCGCGAGACGAGGUAAACAACAAGGAGGUUUUCAACCAAGAGGAAAGGAAGCCGCAUGGCAGUCCCAGUCUAGAACUCAUUAUAUUCCGCACAGUAUUCGCAGCUUUUGUCGUUGGUUUUGCAGUGUAUGGGUUGUAUAUGUUUAAUAUUGCAAAGACCAGCGACGGAUCAAAUACGGAUGAUGUGUUGAAUAAACGCAGCGAAGAAGAAAUUUUUGUCGAACUAGAUUCCGAUACCGAAGAUUCUGAGGACAAGGCACCAAUAAAUGUGUCUCAGCACAAAGAGGAAACGACAGAUACGAACAAAAAUAUAAAGGAAGAUAAAAAUAACUCCGAAACGAAGAAGAUUGAAACAAAAAUUCAGUCGUCUUUAAACACGGACCCAGAAACUCUGACGUCAUCGGCAGAAAAGCAAAACACUCCGAAGUCUCGGACACCCAAGAGUAAACAACCGCAGAGUCUGCCAAAGGAUGUCAAAAAUUUUAAAUCUGAGGCUGAAAAAUUUAAACCCAAGUACUUAAAGAAAAUGUCACCGAAGAAGAUAUUCGUGGACGGUCGUCGACUUCCGCCAGUGGAACUGUUAGCCCAAAAACCAAACAAUAGCAGCGUACGGGUUUAUCUAUAUGAUGAGUUUCUCUCUGAACAAGAGUGUGAUGGACUGAUGAAGGCUCACGACAGUCACGUGAACGAAUCCUCCAAAAUCAGCCCUCUGGUAUGCUUCGAUACCAUAGAAACACUCCGGAAACAUCUCAAGGCUGCUCGGAAGAAGGUCAAGGUCACACCAGCUGAUUUUGUACCGGGCACAUUUUGUGUGAAUGAAACAUUUUCUCGACAACUUUCGUAUUGGUUGAAAAGCAACUGGAGCUACAGUACGGCGUUUUAUCCCGGGGAGAGUAGAUUCUCCAAGAUAUUUGAAUACAGGGUGAAAGAAGCCACGCAACUCUUACCAGAAAAUGGCGGGAAAUUCCAGAUUACAUCUUACCCGAAAGGAAUUGGUUACAAAACCCACACGGACUGUGUAGAAGACAAUGCUGACGAGAGAGACAGGAUGGCUACUGUACUGGUGUACUUACAGAACGUGGAAGACGGAGGGGAAACAAAAUUCCCAGAAUUAGGCAUUUGGGUGAAACCCCGAAAGGGACGGGCUUUGGUCUGGAACAACAUGAACGAAGACGGGAAAUGUGAGGCCAUGUCUAUUCAUAACGCAGCCAAGGUCAACAAAGGUCACAAGUACAUCCUUCAGAGAUGGUACUACUACAAGAAUUUUUAUUCCCUUGGUAAACGGCCACCGGAGCCGGAUAUUCCCGCGCGUGCGCCUGGGACACCUAGAGUAAAUUGUGACGAGUACGAAAAGGGCAGUUGUCGAUGGUAUGACGAAUGGAAUUAUGAGCAUAUUGUAGAAUACAGGAAUCAACGAAUAAAUCUAAAAUAAUUAUUAUUUCACUGUGUUAUAGUAGAAUACAGAAAUCAACGAAUAAAUAUAAAAUAAUUAUUAUUUCACUGUGUUAUUGUAGAAUAUAGAAAUCAACGAAUAAAUUUAGAAUAAUUAUCA